AUGGCGAUUAUUUGCCAAAACAAAGUCGAUGUGAGCCAUCUGGGUGCAAAGGCAGACUCAUUGAGAUUGCUGGUGAGAACUGGCACACAGAAGCUGGGCAUUAGAAGGGAUAUGAUAAUUUGUGAUGUGUUAAAGGAUGAUGAAUGGAGGUUUCGAAGAUGUCGAGAUAGACAUAUCCAGAGCUUGGUUGCUUACUUACAAGCGUUUCAGUUAAAGCUAGCUGAUGGAAGAGAUGAAGUGCUAUGGAAACGAGAUAAUGGGAAUUAUGGCACCACAUUUGUUUCCUGGGAAACUUGGAAUCAAAUCAGGCAUCAAAAAGAGAAGUUUUCAUGGAGUAAAAUUGUUUGGUUCUCCCAAGGGGUGCCUCGAUUCGCACUCAUCACUUGGCUUGCAAUUAGAGUUAGACUAUCAACUGGUCAUCGCUCUAUUCGAUGGGGUCAACCGCAACACUGCCUCUUUUGUGGCGAGCCUGCUGAGACUAGGGAUUACAUCUACUUUGCAUGUCCUUAUACUUUCACUCUCUGGCUGAAGAUGGCUGGUAAUCUGGUUGGGAUCGAUCCAGACCCAGACUGGACCACUACGCUGUCUAGACUGUCGACAAGGUCCUACGAUCUUCUCACAUACAUCCUUCUGCGAUUGGUCGUGCAAGUCACCAUCUACUACAUUUGGCGCGAGCGUAAUGAUAGGAAGCACCUUACCAGUAAUAAGACAGUCGACCAGCUUGCAAAGUUGAUCAACAAGACUGUUCGAAAUCGUAUCACUUGCACAAAGUACUCCACCAAUCCGAAGUUGCAUGGCCUGAUGACUAGAUGGUUCGCAGCUCAUGUUUAA